UCAUAAAAAUUUGUUGAUAGCCGUGAACCACAGUGAAAAAAAAAUCUUUGGGAAAAUCAAAAAUUUAGCUAGCUUACCUGCGGUCUGGUAGGCCAAACCACCGCUCGGCACCUGCUUGAGUCCCGGCCGCAUCGGAACGCGAUGGAGGUUUGCCGAACCUGCAUGAGCGAACGCUCCGUUCAGCUCGUUCCAGUUUACUCCAAGCUGGACGAUGCCUUCAUCGCCAACAUCAUCAUGGAGUGCACCUCGAUUCAGAUCCGCGAGAACGAUGGCCUCCCGGCCCACAUAUGCUUCCAGUGUAUGGAAACGCUGCGCCUUCUGUCCGCGUUCAUCAAAACGGCUCGCGACUGCGAUCGCACGCUGCGAAAGCUGUGCAAAACCGAUGAAUCGGGCCCAUCGGUGAACCCGAUUCUUCUGCCGGGCAGCUCGAAAGCCGAGUUCUCUUCGCUGCUUGGGGCGGACGAUACGGAUGUGUUUCAGUUUGCCGAGGUUAAGAUCGAACCCAGCGACGAACUGCUGGCCGAGGGAGUCGAAUCUGAGGAAUCGAGCGAUGACGAUGAUGGUCGGGCUAGUGGGGUAGACUCGGAUUCGGAUAGUUCCGAGAGUGACAGCAACACCGUCACCGAAAGUGACUGGGAGGGUAGCGAGGAGGAGAUUGUUCCCAGACGUAUCAAGAAGGAACCUCGCGAGGGUAAGCGGCGUGGUAGAAAACCGAAGGCGAGAUCGUACGACUCGGAUGAUAGACCGAUGCUGAACAAGCGGAAACCGAAGUAUGAUGAUGAUUUGGAAAUGAACGACUUUGAACGAGAGCUGUACAACGAAAUCAACGUGGAGGAUGGCAAACGAAUCUGCUGCGGUUGCUUGUUGAUCUUUGAUACCGACCAAGAGCUCGAAUCCCAUCGGGCAAAGGUACACACCCGGAAGCGGGAGGGUCGUGCAAGCAAAAAGGAAGACCCUCGAGUACAUUGCGAUGGCUGUCUGCGAAAGUACAAAUCCACGCGAAGGGUAAACUACCACAAGGAACGCAUCCGACAGCUGGAGGUGAUCUGGGAGUGCAAAAAGUGCCGGAACCGUUUCUCGGAAGCCACCAGAAGACGAGGCCACGCUAAGAAGCAUCCAGCCAAGAUGGUCGCAACGGCUAUCAUGGCACCGAUCAAGGAGGACAUUCAGCAAGAACUCGGCUGGAUCUGCUGCGCUCAAGCGUGUGCCCAGUCCUUCCCCGAUGAAGCUACCCUAAUGGCACACGCCCUAAAAGCCCAUCAAAUCAACAAGCAGGAAGCGGAAAUCGAAGGCAGUCAAGACAAGACGGUUCAAUGCAUGAUCUGCUAUCGCCGGUUCCACGACAAGAACGGGCUGAUCAACCACCAGCAACGGCUGUAUCGGCUGAACAAGUACCAGUGCGCUCUGUGCGGGCUGCAGUUCAGCAGCGGAGGUCGGCUGACGGAGCACGAACUUACCCAUGGCAAUGAGAAGCCGUUCAAAUGUGACGUAUGCGGCAAGGCAUUCACGCAGAAGGGAAAUCUGAAGACGCACAUGACGGUGCAUACGAAUGAGAAACCUUUCCAGUGCACAGUUUGCGGAAUGUCAUUCCGGCAGAAGGGUGGUCUGAAGACGCACAUGUCCAACCACAUCGAGACCCCACAAUUCAAGUGCGAGGUUUGUUCCAAACUAUUCAAAGCAAAGCUGCAUUUGCGAUACCACAUGAGAAUUCACAACGGGGAGAAGAAGUUCCCCUGUCGUUACUGCGAGAAGGCAUUUACCGAUUUCACUAACCGUAUGAGACACGAGAUGAGCCACACGGGCAUCAAACCAUACAAAUGUUCAUACUGCGAAAAAUCCUUCAUCAGAAAGCGAUUCCUCGUAGAACACGAGAGCACCCACACGGGAAUCAAACUGUACAGCUGCGAAAUCUGCCACCAGAGCUUCGGCCAGAAGAACUCGCUCAAGAAGCAUCAGUCCACAGCCCAUCCCGGCUACACCAACAUCGGUGGCAAUAAUACUGUGGGUGCUGUCCUUUCGGCAGCCACAACCCUCAAUACCGUCACCAACAUUAACAUCGGUGGAAUUAACGUCGGCAUCAACGUUGGCAUCCCGACGCCGGGCAGUGCCUCGGUCCACUCGAUCGAUUCCGCCUCGAUGUCCCCGGGCGCGUCCAGCUCGAUGCCACCCCAGACGCAUCCGAUUCCACUGACCAGCCAUCAGCAACAGCAGCUGAUGGCCGUUUUUCACCAGCAGCAACAGCAGCAGCAGCAGCAACAGCAACAUCAACAGCAGCUUCCACAUCCGCAUCAAUAAAUUUGUUGGCUGGAGUCACCCCAAGGGUGGUAGUUAACCCUUAACAGCUCAGACAAACAGACGACAUAUUUUUUUCAGCAAAAUUCAAUAGUUAAUGCUGAACCACCAUGCGUCCCCAUCGACUAUAUUUUACUCAAGCAAUUUAAAGGAGACGCUUGGUCAAAUGAUCCUUUUAAGCGUUCCGAUUAAAAGAAUAUUAUUUUCUAAGGAUCCAAUCUGUUUGUCUGAUGCCAGUGUGAACAUUCGUGAAUUACCGCCUAUUUUAUGAUGCUCUCUCGUGCAGUACCGUGCCGCUGUGCCGACCAAUUGGACUUGGCCAGCAGUAAAACAUUCUUUCAUACUAAACACAUAUAUAAAUACAUAAACAAUAUAGAUACAUAAAGUUUGCUACAUUACA